ACCCAAUAAUAGAUUACUCAAAGGGCGGAUACAACCUAUCGCGCCAUUAUCACUGAGGAGCAGUCGGCCAAAGGACCUAAUUUCUUCAGUUUGGUAAUUUGUCUUUGCCAAUAUUUGUYGUAGCCUAUAUUGCAUKUUUUUUUUGCCUUCACCUUGGAAUUGGAAUAUUUUUGUUUGUACAUCGAAAAUGGGCUACAUUGGAUUUACAGUUUCAGCUUUUGUCCUCCAUCUGGCUUUUGUUCUAUCCCAAAUACGCAUCAGCAAUGGCGAUAUGACCUAUUCCAUUCCAGAGGAGAUGAAACGCGGAUCUGUGGUCGGAAAUAUAGCCAAGGAUCUUGGGUUGGAUGCUAAGAGACUGUCGGCUCGAAAAGCUCGUUUAGAAGAGGACGGAACUAAACACUUCUGUGACAUUAACCUGAAUUCGGGAGAUCUGGUUGUCGCUGAAAGAAUUGAUAGGGAGCAGCUUUGCGGUCCGAGGAUUUCAUGUGGGCUAAAGUAUGAAAUGGUUCUUGAAAGUCCRUUAGAAUUGCAUCGCAUAUCUCUUCAGAUUCAGGAUGUGAACGAUAAUUCACCACAGUUUGCAGAUGAUGUUAUCAAWUUYGAAAUAASGGAAUCAGCUSAUAAAGGUGAACGUUUCCCCAUUAAUGAGGCCCACGAUGCAGAUAUAGGUCAGAAUGCAGUUCAAAGCUACUCUUUGCAAAGGAAUGACCAUUUUGUCUUGAAUGUUCAUACUAAUCGAGAUGGAGGUAAAUACGGUGAGUUAGUGUUAGAAAAGGAGCUGGACCGAGAACAACAGCAGGAGGUGACGUUGUUACUUACGGCUGUUGAUGGUGGGACCCCACAGAGAUCUGGUACUGUAGUUAUACACGUUACUGUGUUGGAUGCUAACGAUAAUAUUCCAGUAUUUAGCCAGGACSUGUAUAKGGUCAGUCUACCAGAAAAUUCUCCGUUGGGCACCAUAGUAGCUACAGUCCGCGCAACUGAUGUAGACGAGGGYGCAAAUGGCGAGGUAACAUAUGAUCUAGGUCGAAUUUCUGAUGAGUUGAAGAAUUUGUUUCAACUCGAUAGUAAAASUGGGGUUAUAAAUCUGUCUGGACCGAUUGAUUAUGAGGAGCAGCCCAUUUAUGAGCUGCGCGUCCUCGCCAAAGAUGGUGCAGGUUUGGUGUCAUACACAAAAGUACUGAUAGAUAUUACUGACGUAAACGACAACGCACCAGUGAUAUUAAUUAAAACUKUGACCAAUCCAAUUCCAGAGAAUGUGUUACCUGGUACAGAGGUGGGSAURAUUAAUGUACAGGAUAAAGACUCGGAGGGAAAUAGACAGGUCCGCUGCUCCAUUCAACAAAAUGUUCCMUUCAAARUAAACCCCUCAAUCAAAAACUACUAUUCUCUGGUAACAACGAGUGAACUCGACCGUGAGAUAAUAUCAGAUUACAACAUAACUAUCACUGCCACCGACGAGGGGUCUCCACCUUUAUCCUCCUCAAAGAUCAUUAAUUUAUCUGUAUCAGACGUGAAUGACAACCCACCUGUGUUUGACGAACCAUCCUACAGCACCUAUGUGACUGAAAAUAACAAACCUGGCUCCUCUAUGUGUUCUGUUACUGCCAGAGACCCAGACUGGAGACAGAACGGUACUGUGGUCUAUUCUCUAUUGCCUAGUGGUGUCAACGGUGUCCCGGUGUCCUCAUUUGUAUCCAUUAACGGAGACACGGGGGUGAUCCAUGCUGUGAGAGCAUUUGAUUAUGAGCAGUUUAGGAGCUUCAAAGUCCACGUUUGUAGCCAAGAACAUGGUUCUCCUCCACUCAGCAGUAACGUGACUGUGAGUGUCUUCAUAACAGAUGAGAAUGAUAACUCUCCCCAGAUAUUAUACCCUGCUCCAGCAGGGAACUCCUUGAUGACUGAGAUGGUCCCCAAAGCUGCUCUGGCGGGGUCACUGGUUACCAAGGUGAUAGCUGUGGAUGCUGACUCUGGACAAAACGCGUGGCUUUCAAUACACAUUGUGAAAUCGAUUGAUCCGGGACUUUUCACUAUUGGUCUCCACAGUGGAGAGAUCAGGGCCCAGCGGGACAUUUCUGAAUGCAGUAUGAAGCAGAACCUUGUUAUAUCAGAAGAUAACGGACAGCCCUCUCUCUCUACAACCUGCGAUGUAUAUUUACUCAUAUCAGAUAACUUGGCUGAAGCAGAACUGAAAGACAUGACUUAUGAGGAUAGUUCCAAACUAACUUCCUAUCUGAUCAUUGCACUGGUCUCUGUCUCCACCUUUUUUCUGACUUUCAUUAUUCUCAUCCUGGCCGUGAGGUUUGGCCGCAGUAGAAAGCCUAGAAUGUUGUUUGAUGGAGCAGUCGCCAUUCCCAGCGCGUAUUUCCCUCCCAACUAUGCAGAGGUGGAUGGAGCUGGAACUCUGCGCAGUUCUUACAAUUAUGAUGCAUACAUGACAACGGGCUCACGCACCAGUGACUUCAAGUUUGUCAGAUCUUACAAUGACAACACGCUGCCUGCUGACCAGACACUUAAGAAGAAUCUAAAUGAACCUUUUGGAGAAAACAUUAUCACGUUCAACACCGUGGGGAGUGUGAGGUGGAUUUCAUAG